UCCAAUCGGGAAUCAUUCCGGAGGGGAGAGCGUGCGGCGCUAAUGAGCAAUGCCACCCGCCGUGAGAUUCAAACCCAGCCCCUGUGCGACAGAGACCUGCAGGAACCGCGACCCCUGAAGCCCGCUUGGACUUAGCCUCUGUGCCGGUUCGAGAUGAGCUCUCCUCCACUGGAUUAGGAACAUAUUUGACAGACAAUCCCAGAGUUGCUUUCGAAAGUUGUGUUUGUAACCUGCGGAGCGAGGUCAUUACGAGAGCUGAAACUGGGGACAAGGGAGAACAAAUAGGCGCCUAAACGAGUCCUUUGUGGAUAGGACUCCUCUCCGAUGCAACCGCAGGCAGGGGUUGUCAUGGGCAUUCUUCCUUUGCUCCUACUUGCAGUCGGCGCCGUUUUUUCGGCGUGUUAGACUGGACCAGGCAGACUUUCCACCUGCGAUUUGACAUCAGCUCCCGUGGUUAUUAAGUAGCCGCGCCGGGCUCAGGUUACUACGUAGCCUACGUGUUUUUGUAAAAUGCCCGGGCGGAACAGGUACAAUCUGGUGGACGAUGUGGGUGAUUCUCGGGUCCCUCUCCACAACGAAGAGGCUUUUCAGCACGGGAUUAAUUUCCAAGCCAAGUACGUGGGCAGUCUGGAUGUCCCAAGACCCAACAGCCGCAUGGAGAUUGUAGCAGCAAUGAGGAGGAUCAGGUAUGAAUUCAAAGCCAAGAACAUCAAGAAGAAGAAGGUCAGCAUUGUGGUGUCUGUGGACGGAGUCAAAGUGGUGCAGCGCAAGAAGCAGAAGAGGAAAGAAUGGACUUGGGACGAGAGCAAGAUGUUGGUGAUGCAGGACCCCAUCUACAGGAUAUUCUAUGUGUCCCAUGAUUCCCAGGACCUGAAGAUCUUCAGCUACAUCGCUCGUGACGGCACCAACAACUCCUUCAGAUGUAACGUCUUCAAGUCCAAGAAAAAGACUCAGGCCAUGCGUAUCGUGCGUACGGUGGGCCAGGCGUUUGAGGUGUGUCAUAAGCUGAGCCUCCAGCAUACCGAGCAGAAUGCAGACGGACACCCAGACGGACACCCAGACGGACCCGCGGACGGGGAGAGUGACAAGUCUACAGAGGAGAACAACAACACCACCAGCCAGAGUCGUCAGCUAACGGGGGCGGAGUCCGAGGAUGAUAGUGGCUUGGCUGAGCGGCCACAGGAAGCCUCUCUGACCGAGCAAGCUGUGAAUGACAUCCUCCAGAGCCUAUCAGAACUCAACGUGGUCAAGCCUGAGCAAACCCUCCAGGACCUGGAGGGCGUCUCUCUGUACACCCUGUCUCCCAGCGCUCUCUCUCCAAGAAGCCCCUGCUCCCCCACUCUCACCCCAUUGGCCACCCAGCACUACCUGCAGCUGCUACAGCAACAGUUGCUACAGCAACAGCAGCAAACACAGGUGACCGUCGCACAGGUGCAGCUCCUGAAGGACCAGCUGUCCGCCGAGACCACGGCCCGCAUAGAGACCCAGGCCCGAGUUCACCAGCUGCUCCUGCAGAACCGAGACCUGCUCCAGCACGUAGCACUGCUGGUCAAACACAUCGCACAGCUAGAGGGGAAAGCCAUCAAUGGGGGCACUCACACUGAGGACUCGCCGUGGCACCCCCCAUCCUCUCGCUCGCUCUCCCUGAACCUGAAGAAUCACUACAGCUCCUCCCAGGACCAGCCCAUAACCUCCACCCCCGCAGGGGGAGCCAGGUCCACCCCCACGCCUUUCUCACAAGUGGACGGUGCCGAGUCCUACCUCAGCCUGCUCAACCUGGGCGGGACCAAUGGCGUCGCAGCCAAUGGGAAAGCAGAGAGGACAGGAAGCAGGAACGGAUCAGACACACCCCAUGAAGAGACUGGCCAGCUCGUGAGCAGGAACUCAGCGUCACUGGAUGAACACUUGAAGCAAAUCAUUCCCAAGUUGGACCCUCCCCCUCCAGCUAUCAACCGAAAGCGCUCAAUCAGGACGCUCUCUCCUGGCUCAGAGGCGGGGCCUAAACCCUCAUCCACGCCCAUGUCCACGCCCACCGUGUCUAAUGGGAGUGGCUUCCGAACCCUGUGCGCUAGCACCUCCUUCCCAGACUUCACGCCCUGCUCCGGCGACUUCUACUCGCUAAGCAACGGCAGUGCCGAGAGCACCAGUGAGGAUUCGGGGGUGCGCUCCGAGGACAAGUCCCUGGUGUCACCGCCGCCACCAUCGCUGCCCGGAGAGGACCCGUUUGAGGACCGCGGCUCCACCUUCAUGUCUGCAUCCAGCACGUGCAGCAGCCUCCCCGAGGACCGGCCUCCCGUUGCCUUUGCCGCGGACGCCGUAACCGUGACGCCGCCCCGCCCAGCCACGCCCCACAGCUACGGCCACACCCUGCCCUUCUCCUCACCGCUCAAUGACACCUGCCUGCACAUCAGCCUGAGCGAGGACGAGCUGCUGGAGACCACCGCCUGAGGAGGCCCGAGGAGGCCUGAGGAAGCCUAACCACAGCUUACCUCGCUGGGCUGACGGAACCACUCCAGCCUCAGGCUUCACCCGAGGCCUCCAGGAUCUUCCACAUCUUUUCUUUAUUUCUCUCUUUAUUUUCCUCUCUGAAGUUGCUGUGGUUCAGAGUCGUUUCAAGUGCUUCCAGGUCUAGAAGGGAAGCCCUGGGAUGUGGUUUCUCUGGAUGAACCAGUAUACCAGGGUCUAGAGAUUUAUGUGGUUUCUCCUGAGAGCGUGUCUGACCAGGGACCUUUCGGAGCCAGACACAGCCUCCGUGGGGAUGGCAAUGAGACGUAUAUUUUUAUAUUACAAAAACAGUUCACAGAAAUCAAUGGAGAGAACUGUAUAUGAAAUAAGUCUGAUUGCUGUUUAUGGAAUAAGUCUGAUUGACUGAAUAGAUGAUGUAUUUUUGUAUAGAAAAGAUGGAGUAUUAGAUUUGAUCUUCUAGCUGCUGUUAAGUGUGUUUAGUGUGUAGGGAGGUACUGCAUCAUCAAUACUAGUGAACACACACACACACACACUGUGAUUUUAAGUAGUGGCAGGGAAAGCACACACACACUUUUUUUACACUGCAGUAGUCAGCAAAUAAGUAUCCAUGAGAAAUAGUAUAGUUAGUUUUAUUUUUUUGAUUUGUUUAUGUUAUUUGCUGUUGUUUACAUGUGUGCAAGAGCGUUCUGUAAGUAAUGUUGGGUUGUUGAUGGAUUGCGACGGGUACAACGAGAGGUGCUGUUUACACGCCUCCCCAGGAAAGGACGAUAAGAAGACGAGAGGAACAAGCAAGUUGGAGAUAAACGGGCAACAGAAAGUUGAAAGGCAACAGUGGUGUGUGUAUGUGUGUGUUUGUGUGUGUGUGAGAAUGAGAGAGGAGGGGAGUUGAUUGCGGGUUUGCAAAAUGUAUUGAGCCAAACUAAAUUCAUCAGUCUCAAAAAACGGAGGCAGGUUUUACUCAUAUUGUAGAGAUAACAGCAGUACAGGAACCUUCAGUGAUUAAAGAAAUUGAAACAUUUUUCAGUGCACAAACACACACACCCACAAAUACUGUGAGUAUAACUGUGAACAAGAUGAAAAAAGGAACAAUCAGCUCUCCUGCAAACCGUUGGAAUAUUUUUUUUAAGUAAGAGGAGAAUUGACCACACACACACACACACACACAGACGUAUUUCCAUACUCUGAAAGACAGGUUUUAGAUUCAGUCAGACUGGAUGGCCUGUAAUUUCCCUGUGAUUUCCAUACUGUCAGGGUCAGUUAAGGUGUGAUUGCUAUCACUCCAUACUGGACGAAAUAGCCUUGAUUGGACAGAAAGAGAGAGAUAAUAGAGUGAAAGAGAUAGAGCUUUUGUGAUUGUGUGUGUGUAUGUGUGAGUGAGAGAGAGGGAGAGAACUCUGUGUGUGUGUAUGUGUGUGUGAGAGACAGACAGAGAGAGGUGUUUCAUGUCCUGCAGAUCAGCGAUUUCCGUUCAGCAUGAGUUCUCAUUUCCAGUCCAACACUCUUGGAGAGUUUACUGUGUCCCCUGCUGAUGACAUCAUUUAUUCCCAUGAUUCAUUGCUCCAGAUUUCCAUCCAAUAGCAUGGCAUUUCAUAGGAAACAGGCAAAUCCAAUCAAUCAAAUCAUAUCUUAGCUUUUAGUAAAGUCAAGGAGCUGAAAUUUGAGGGAAGCAAAGAUCUUUGUCAGAAUUACCACACAUGUCCUCUGCAAUAAGACACGCUCACACAGACAGAUAAUCAGUCACACACACACACGCACACCAAAGGAGAGGGGGAUUUUAGGAUUCACAGUGGAAGGGUAAUGAUUAGAGAGUACACAAGCAUGGUGAACAAACCAAAGAGAGGCAGGUUUAAAAUGGAUGGAUUAUAGGAAGAGAGAAAGAGAAGGAGAAGUGUGACUUCUCCUAAGGAGGGAAAUCUUCUGUUUUUAGGCAGUGGGUGUGCCCUGUGAAGCAGUCAACCAUAAACAACCACAAAACCACAUGGCAAUAAACAAAUAAAUAAACAAGACAUUAGUGAUGGA